AUGCCGGCGCAAAAUUUAAGGAAAAAGUACGGCGCGACGUGGGCGCUCGUCACGGGCGGGUCGACGGGGAUCGGACGAUCGCUCGCGGAGGCGCUGUUGGAUCAAGGGCUGAACGUCGCGAUCGCGGCGCUGGACGACGAGGCGCUGGUGGAGACGACGAAGGCGCUGCGGGAGCGACACGGGGCGAAGCGCGAGGUGCGGGCGAUCGCGGUGAACCUCGGGGAUCGCUCGGGAGGGUACGUGGACGUCAUCGCGCGCGCGAUGGAGGACGUGGACGUGCAGUGCGUGUUCAACAACGCGGGGUUCAUGCUGACGGGGUUUUUCGAUAAGCAACCGUUGGAAAAGUUGAACGCGAAUCACGAGUGCAACGCGACGAGCGCGAUGCGAAUCACGCACGUCUUCGUGACGAGAAUGCUGGAGAAGAAACUGCGAGGGUGCGUGGUGUUCACGUCGAGCGCGGCGGCGUGUCAACCGACGCCGUUUUCGGCGCUCUACGGCGCGACGAAGGCGUACGUAUCCUCCUUCGCGGCGAACAUCGGCGUCGAGUUGAAAUCUCGCGGCGUCGACGUCUGCGCGGUGCAUCCGUCGCCGGUGGCGUCCCGUUUCUACGACAACGCCCACAAGUUGGAUUCGUUGAACUUUUUCAUGAAGUUCGCGGUGAAGCCCGAAGAGCUGCCGACGGAGAUGUUCCGCCCGAUCGGUCGCGUGUUGUGGCACGACGUCGGCGCCGUCGCCGUCGGCUUUCGCAUGCUCCUCAAGCUCCUCGACUACGGUUUCUUCGCCACCCUCAUCUCUCGCUUCGCCCACUUCAUGGGCGAUUACAAAAAGAACGUGUAG